AUGGAUUUGAGGAACCCCCUUUUCCUUCUAAUUUACUUCUUAACAAAUUCCAUGUGUUACAUUUGUUUUAAUCCAAAUUUGGAUAAUACAAGUAGUAGUAGGAAAAUACACAAUAUAUUUAAAAAAAAGUGUUAUAUGAAAUCGUCUAAUAAAAUUUUUUUAAAAAGUAAAAAGACAAAAUUUCAACUAAGUCUGAUUUUUAGAAAACAAAAAGAUCAAUCAAUGAUAAGAAGUAUUCCGUCUCAUGUACGAAAGAAGAAGAAAAAAAAAAAAAAAAAAAAAAAAGCCAAAACAAAAACAACAAAACUAUGUGAUCUUUAUAACAGUACCGUACUUAAUGGAAAGAAGCCAAGGGUAGGGGAGGAGAAAAAAGUAAAUAAAAAAUUAAUGAGAAGAAGGCUACUAAAAUAUUACAAGUUAAAGAGGAAAAACGAGGGUACUGAAGAAAAUAUUUUUGCAGACAAGGAAAAGUAUUCCAUAUUUGACUAUGUGGAAAAUAAACUUAGUGGUACUACGAUACACAAAGAUAACUUUGAUAAAUACCACACUAAUGUUAUCAAUAAGGACAAAGAAACUGUCGAUAAAGGAAGAGACACGACAUUUAUUCCACCGAUUGCAUUACAAGGAACCGACAUUACUGGAGAAACGCCGAUUCAUGGAAGACAUAGCAACACAAACAAUAUGAUAGACCACAUGGGGAAUGUACAAAAGCUUUCAUACCCAGCAGAAAUACGAGAAGACCAAGAUGGACGAGAAAACAAAAGAGAUGAUGAAAGAAAAAUUUUCGCAGAUGGUAUUCAAAGUGAUAGUUUACCCAAGACAGUUGAUCCAAUACAGGAAGGAAAUAAAUUGGGCGAGAUAAGUAACCAAAAUGACGAACGGGAAAAUAUAACCUCAGAAGUUGUAAAAAAAAAAAAAAAAAAGAAAUUAAAAAAAUUAAAAAAGAACAUGCACAUAGGGAAAUACAAUAGGAAAAUAUUUACAUACCCCAAAAAAAUAUCAGUAGAUGAUGUUCAUGAAUAUAUCGAGAAUAAACAUCUAGAUGAAAAAUACAUCCUACAAAAAGACACAUUAAAAAAUGUUUUUGUUAAUAAACCUCUUUUCAAUUUCUACAAUUUUUAUAAUUUUUUCAAAAUUGAUCAUAUAGAAAAAUAUAACAAAUCAAAAGUACUAAAUUUAAUUUAUUACUAUAUAUACAAAUACAAAAACAAUGUAGAGAGUCAAACAAAAUAUGAAUCUGUAAAGACAGAUGAUAUUAUGCAAACAUAUGAAAAUAUUGCCGAUGAUAAAAAAAAAAUGAAACAUUAUUUAGAAUUCUACAUUAACAUGAAUAACAACAAGUACCUUUAUAUGAACAUAGACAAGGAUUACACUUUAAAAAAAAAAAUAACGGAUGCAUUCACCAUAAGCAACAUUAAUAAAGUGGAUUCACUUCACCUGCACAACUACAAGGUCGUGUGGACUGUUAGGAAUGUUCAAGAGAAACUAUUUUGGAGAUUUCGAGAAAUGGGCAAUAUUCCCUUAAUGACCUCUGCAUUCUCAUUUGCAGGGAAAAAAUCGUUUAAGUUAAAAAUUUGGCUUGAUGGUCACAAAUCCGCAAAAAAGGGAUAUGUAAGUGUUGCCUUGAAGCAAGUGGCAAAUUAUGGAUUACUCGAGGAGUACAUAUGCAUGUCCCUGGGCGGAAUCACGAAAGGACCAUUUUUGUUUUUAUCAAAAGAAUAUUACCAAAGUUGUUACAAUUUCUGCAAGUUUGAUGAAUUAGAUUUAAAAAAUGACGAAUUACAGUUAAGUGUGUUUGUUUAUGAUGGCAUUGUAUAA